AUGGUGAUGGUGAUGCAAAUGGCAGGGUCCAUGUCAGAGGAUCGGACCGGCUCGAGAGUCUACGUGGAGAUGUGUCUCCGGAUGAAGACUCGACCGAAGAUGCAGGUCCUCCAGCAGCUCAACAUGAUGUCGCCGGAGAUAUCAACUCUCGUCUUCGAUCACUUUUCCCUCAGGGAGUCUGACAUGAGAUGUCUGGCCCCGGCCCUGUGCUGCAACCCCCACGUUACAUCUGUCAGCUUUGCCUGCAACGAGUUCCUCGGCGACAGCUCUGUCUCUCACCUCUGCCUGUCGCUGCUUUCAGGAGGGGAUAGCGUCUGCGAGGUCUCGCUCUCCAAGGUAGGAGCUACAAGUCAGUCCGGCAAGCAUCUGGCUAGGCUGCUGGAACACAACAACAAGAUCGACUUCCUCCAGCUCUCUUCCAACAAGCUGGGAGAUGCCGGGGUGAGGGAUAUGGCCAAGGUCUUGACCUACAAGGAGAGUGGGCUCUCAGCUCUUGACCUGUCGGACAACGGGAUAGGAGGAGAAGGGGCCGCAAGCCUGGCGCUGAUGCUCACUCAGAACACAAGGAUCACGUUCCUUGACUUGUCGUGGAAUCAUAUCCGAGGACGAGGGGCAAGAGUCUUACUCGAGGCCUUGGGAGGUUUUCCAGCCUUGCAGAUACUCAAGCUCGGUUGGAACGGGAUCGGUGAAGAGGGAGAUGCUCUCGAUGAUGCGCUGGCGAGAAACGACACCCUGACCGAACUCGACCUGACCAACUGCCGUCUCGGGCCGCAGCAAGCGCUGAGCAUCGCGGAAGGAAUGAAGCAGAACUCAAGCUUGAGGAGACUAAAGCUAGACUGGAAUCCUCUUUGCCAAGGAGCUUCCGAGCUGCUGCCCGUGCUGGUUAACAGGAGCUGCUCAGGAGUUGGGCUGGAGUGGAGCAUGCAGAAUGUGUCGUGGGAUACGGAGGCCAAGCUGCUGACAGCGGAAGAGGAGAAGAGAUUGCUGCCUGGUCGGUACAUCCUUGAUCUUCGACUCAGCGACAACCGACAGAUUGCGAAGAAGCUCGUGGACAUCGCAAUGACAGAGGGAGCGGGGCGGUGGAGGAACGAGACAAUGAGGCAGGACAGCAAAGACGUGCGCUUCUGGUUCAGCGAGGAUCUUUUCGUCAAGGACAAGAGAGUCGUUGUGCCCCACCAAGGAGUUCUGACUGUCGACUUCAACACCUUCACCCCGUCGCCUCCUCCUCCUGUCGCAGACGAGGAGUUUGCGCUGCUGUACAUGACGAUAGCACAGAUGGCUACCUCUCAAUUGCAGGUUCUCCAGAUCAUUUCAGACAAGCUGAACAUUCGUCAGCGUCUUGCAAGGCGAGGAGAAGAUAUCGUAGUGAAGAACAUCAUCGUGAAAUACGGGAAGCACAGAACAAAGACGGCUGAGAUCGAUUCAAAGUUCCACAACUGGUUUCUCGACCAUCAGGGCGACUUGUGGUGGCUUCCUCCUCCUCAAGUCCUCCUGCACCUGCUGCCCAGCAAAGGAAGGGAUCUUGACCUGAGGAGGAGGGACCUGCUGAAAAGACCGUUCGCCUCCGCCCUCGACGUUCUCUACCAUGUCUUCGCCGCGGUGAAGAAGGGCCAUGACCAUAUCUACUCGCAGCCGUCGAAGCGAGCAGGGCAAAGAGUUUGGGUAUAA